AUGUCCAAAAGAAGUCUGAAUCCAGAAGAGGAGCAGAGAGCUGUCUCGGCGAAGAUUGAUGCUCAGGAUGUUCCAAAAACAGCACACACCAGCAAUGAACCGGAUAUACCAAUGGGCGAAUUUGAAGAUGAAUACAGUGACGAAUUUGAAAGUGAUGGUGAAAUAAUAGAAGUUGACAAUGAAGAAGAAUUCGACGAUGAGGCUGAAGGCGAUCAGAUCGAUAAGAAAAAUCAAAAUGCUCAAGCUUUAUUAGAGCAGGAUCAAGCAAAUGAGCAAGAGAAGCAGGAAUUAUAUUUGCCCCACAAAUCUCGUCCACUAGGGCCUGAUGAAGUUUUAGAAGCUGAUCCAACUGUUUAUGAAAUGUUGCAUAAUGUAAAUCUCCCAUGGCCUUGUUUGACAAUCGAUGUUAUCCCAGAUUCUUUGGGAUCCGAGCGUAGAAGUUAUCCACAGUCACUGUUGAUGGCAACGGCGACUCAAGCAUCCAAAAAGAAGGAUAACGAAUUGAUGGUCUUGCAACUUUCGCAGCUUAACAAAACGUUGGUUAAGGGCGAGGAUGAUGACGAGGCUGAUAAUGACGACGAUGAAGAUGCUGAUGCUGAUCCAGUUAUCGAAAAUGAAAACAUUUCUCUGAAAGAUACGACAAACAGACUGAAAGUGUCACCAUUUGCAUCAUCAGCUCAAGAGGUUCUUACAGCAUCAAUGUCUGAAAACGGUGAAGUUUACAUUUUUGAUUUGGCCCCACAAACAAAGGCUUUCAAUACGCCCGGCUAUCAAAUUCCCAAAUCUGCUAAAAGACCUAUGCAUGUGGUUAAAAAUCACGGCAACGUUGAGGGUUACGGUUUGGAUUGGUCACCAUUAAUCAAAACUGGUGCAUUGGUUACUGGUGAUUGCAGUGGCCAAAUAUACUAUACACAACGUCAUACAUCGAAAUGGGUUACCGAUAAACAGCCAUUUACUGUUGCAAAUAAUUUGUCAGUUGAAGAUCUUCAGUGGUCGCGUACCGAAUCAACUGUUUUUGCAAGUUGCGGUUGUGAUGGAUAUAUAAGAAUCUGGGAUACAAGAUCUAAGAAACAUAAGCCUGCCAUUUCUGCAAAAGCUUCCUCAACAGAUGUCAACGUGAUAAGUUGGAAUGAGAAAAUUGGGUAUCUAUUGGCCAGUGGUGACGAUAAUGGUACAUGGGGUAUUUGGGAUUUGAGACAAUUUGCUCCUCACAAUUCUGAAAGCGCUCAACCAGUGGCGCAGUAUGAUUUCCAUAAGAGUGCUAUCACUUCCAUCAGUUUCAAUCCAUUGGACGAAUCCAUCAUCGCCGUUGCAUCAGAGGAUAACACUGUUACAUUAUGGGACUUGUCAGUGGAAGCUGAUGACGAGGAAAUAAAGCAACAGGCUGCAGAAACAAAAGAACUACAAGAGAUUCCUCCACAAUUAUUAUUUGUUCACUGGCAAAAAGAAGUAAAGGAUGUCAAAUGGCAUAAGCAAAUUCCGGGUUGUCUGUUGAGUACUGGAACAGAUGGUCUAAAUAUCUGGAAAACUAUAAGUGUGUAG